AAUGGGAUGACGAGGCCCAUGUUGAGAUGUUCAAAGAAGGAAGCUUCGUCCUGAAUAAACAAACAAUCAAGUCAUUUUUGUUUUCUCUUCUUCUGAAUUCCAAUAAUUCAAUUUCAUUUCGUAAAUCACAAUCACAAUAACAAACAGAGAGAAAGAUGAUAUCAUUGGUUGAACUCUGCAUUGACGCAGCUUGUAAAACCAGAGAAACCGUUGACAAAUGGCGGUUACAAAGACGAUCUCUCGAUUGCUUACCUUCUCCUCUCGCCGACGCUCUUCUCCGCCGCCUCAUCACUCGCCGUCUCCUCCACCCAUCUCUCCUCGAGAUUUUCAAAAACAGUGUGGAAGAGGUUGAUUUGAGAGGAGAAAACUCCGUGGAUGCAGAAUGGAUGGCAUAUUUAGGAGCAUUUCGCCAUUUACGUUAUUUGAACCUUUCUGAAUGUCAUCGAAUCAAUUCUUCUGCUCUUUGGCCUAUUUCAGGAAUGAAUAGCCUUAAAGACUUGGAUCUAUCUAGAUGCUCCAAAUUUAAUGAUGCUGGAAUUAAUCAUAUCCUUUCUGUUCCUAAUUUGGUGAAGUUGCGCAUUUCCAAAACCAGUGUCACUGCCAAUGGAGUCAAGCUUCUUGCCUCUCUUAAACACUUAUCUCUUCUUGACUUGGGCGGUUUGCCCGUAGAUGAUGCAUCUUUAGCUUCGUUGCAGGUACUGAAAAAUCUACAACACAUUGAACUCUGGGACAGUAAAAUAUCAAACCAAGGUGCUGCUAUUCUUAAUACGUUCCCCAAGUUAGCCCAUUUGAAUCUUGAUUGGACUAACGUCACAAAAUUGCCUGAUUUAACAUCUCUUGAAUGCCUCAACAUGAGUAAUUGUACUAUUGAUUCUAUUCUCAAAGAUGGUAAAGCUCCUUUGACAAAGCUUAUUUUCUCUGGGUCUACAUUCCUGAAUGAAGCUGAAACCUUAUCGUAUGCAAAUACAUAUUUCCUGUCCUUUCUGGACUUGGCCCAUACCGGACUUGACAAGUUCUUCUUCUUAAGUAAACUGAAAGUAAUAGAACAUCUCAAUCUCAGCUCAUGUAUGAUGGAUGAUGAUUCAGUUGAGAUGGUUGCAUGUAUUGGUGGAAAGUUGAAAAGUCUGAAUCUGAGUGGUACUUGGGUUAGCUCUGCUGGAUUAGGGAUUUUAGCUGGACAUGUUCCCAAUCUUGAAAUUCUGUCACUAUCUCAGACAUCAGUCGAUGAUACUGCCCUCUUAUAUAUCAGCAUGAUGCCUUCAUUGAAGGAUGUUGAUCUGAGCAAUACAAACAUUAAAGGGUUUUUGCACCAGGGAAGUUCUGAUUUGGAUUCGCUCUCUCUAACGGCCCUACAAAAUCUGAAACAAUUACAAAGGUUGAAUUUGGAGCACACUCAAGUCACCGAUGAAGCUUUAUUCCCUUUAUCAAGCUUCCAAGAACUGAGAUAUUUAUCUCUUAAAAGUCCUUCACUUGCCGACAUCUCACUUCACCAUCUAUCAUCAGUUCCUAAGUUGACAAAGUUUAGGAUUUGUGAUGCGGUUUUGACAAAUUAUGCUUUUGAUAUGUUUAAGGCUCCUGGAACUCUUAAACUUAUGGACCUCAGAGGUUGUUGGCUCUUGACAAAAGAAGCUAUCGUAUCAUUCUGUAAAAAUCACCCACAAAUUGAAGUAAGGCAUGAACUUGUUACUGUACUUCCUUUUGAAGAAAAUGGACUUCAUCAUUCAUCUCCAUCUCGAUUAACUUCAAAGACUAUGCAAGCAGCUAGGAAGAAAGAACAAACCUCCUUAUCUCCAAAUUUUGUAGAUCAAAGGACGAAAUAUAGUAGAGAUGAAUUACUUGCAUUGCAGUUUAUGUCUUUGCCUCUUGCAUCCAGUAGUGAAAUAGACGACUCAAUACUUGAGAAGCAAUUGGAUUGAAUGUAGUAAUCUCUUACCAUGUAACUAUCUGCUCCCAUUAGAUUGGUGCAACUCAUCUGCUGUUUGCAUAAGGUGAAAGCUGAAUUAUGUCAACUGAAUGCGAUUAAAUCGUAUAGAGCUCUGGCUCAAACCUAACCUUGUAUUGUGUACAUGUAGAUAUGUAAUGUGUAUUAAGAGAUGAAUGUUUUUUUUUGUUGAGUGUUAUAGCUGACACACAUGGGGAUUGGUUCCUCCUAGUUUCUUCAAGUCUCCAAAUUUACCGGAUUGCAAUCAUUUAGGGAGACGUGAAUCGCAGAGCAGCUGAAUAAGAUCCGACGGUUCAAAUCCCAUAAUCAAAGAGAAUAGAUGAGAAGUUGUUCCUUUUACCAAAGCUUCCGUGAAAUUGUGUUCACUUUAAAUUCCUUUCUCUCGCCUAACUGUGCAUCGAAGUUUAUAGAUUCCUACCUGAGGAAGAAUUUUGUUGUGGUUACAACCAUUGCUAGCAGUGGAGUUGUUUGACGUGAUGAGAAGCCGUGUUACAAUGAAAGCUUGGAAGUUGGGAAAAAAGAGGGAAGUAGUUUACUAUCCCCGCUAGAAUAGAACUAGAAGGAUGCGGGAGAAACUCAUAUUUUGUUUUUUAUGCAUAUCUCUCACUUCAUAGGAAAUAAAUGUUUUUGAAUGGGUUUUACAUUAAAUUUCAUUUUUUUUGGUGUC